AUGAACCAAUGGCCAUACUUGAAAGGCUUAGCUUUGGCGGACGACCAGUUUGGUACGCCUGGAACAAUCGACAUUCUUAUCGGCGCGGACGUGUGGGGUCGACUCAUACAAGGGGAGGUCAUCGGUGGAGGACCAGACGAACCUUUUGCCCAGCGUACCCGCCUUGGAUGGGUGGUGUUUGGCCCAGCAGCAGUGUCUCAUACUUCGAUGGAAUCAUUGCUCACACUCACCACGUUAGUAGAGAGAGAGGAUCACCAUUUAGAAGAACUGGUGAGUAAGUUUUGGCAAAUGGAAGACAUAACGGUUGCUGGCGAUUCGCAAGAGAACGAAUGCGAGCAGAUCUUCGAAACCACACAUAGCCGUACCUCAAAUGGCCGUUAUAUUGUACGGUUACCCCUUCAACGAAAUGCAACGGAACUUGGUGACUCGUACACACUUGCAGUACGGCAGUUUCAUAGAUUUGAGCGUCGCAUGUUUGCAGAUCCAGUUCUUAGAGAAAACUACAUUACAUUCAUGAAAGAGUACGCCGCACUUGGGCAUAUGGAAUUGGUACAAUCACCCUACGAUCACACUAACUGCUACUAUAUUCCACAUCAUGCGGUCACAACGAAAUUCCGCGUGGUGUUCAACGCUUCGGCACCUACCAGCACUGGAGUCUCACUUAACGACAUUCAACUGGUUGGUCCAACGCUUCAGGAUUCUCUUAGUAGUAUACUUUUACGUUUUCGACGCUAUCGAGUGGCGAUUACUGCGGACAUCGAGAAAAUGUUCCGGCAAGUGUUGGUUGCACCUGAGCAUCGCGAUUACCAACGAAUCAUCUGGCGAGAGUCUCCGGAUGACGACAUCCAAGUGUACCGCUUGAAGACUAUCACAUAUGGGAUGGCAUGCAGUCCUUACAAUGCAGUUCGUACACUGCAACAAUGUGCUCGUGACAAUUCAACUGUGGUACCAAAUACACAGCAAGCUGCACUUGCUCGAACGGCGAUACUAACCUCGUUUUAUGUUGAUGACUUUCUAAAAAGUUGUGAAAGCGCUAGAGAUGCAAUAGAACUAGCAACGAACGUGGAUGCCAUUCUCUCUGCAGGGCAGUUCACCUUAAGAAAAUGGAAUUCGAACGAUAGUCAGGUGAUGAAGUGCUUAGCUAAUGAAUCAUCUCUUUCUAGUUACAUCUUCCAUUCGGGUACGGCUUCCGUUUUGGGCCUACGAUGGGACGCAUUGACGGAUCAGUUGUUCUUUCGUGUCGAUCUCAGUCAGACAGGAGAGAUACCUACGAAGCGUCGAGUACUCAGCGAAGUAGCGCGGCUCUUUGAUCCUACUGGAUUGUUGGCGCCUGUGGUUGUAACUGGGAAAAUAUUUAUUCAGCGGCUGUGGUCUGCGGGCCUUUCUUGGGACACACCAUUACCUGAUAAUCUUUGUCGCGAGUGGCUGAAGUAUAGAUCGCUGCUUCCAGAACUCAAUCAAGUUCGCAUCGGUCGGUGGAUAGGUAUGACUCCACAUGUUCCAACAUCGCUUCAUGGCUUUUGCGAUGCUAGCGUACACGCAUACGCAGCUGUGAUCUACACAAGGACGUCUUGCUCCAACGAUUCGAUACGUUUCACACUUCUGACGGCACGCACCAAGGUGGCACCACUCAAGGCCGCUACCAUACCACGCCUGGAACUUUCGGCAGCACUACUAUUAGCUGAGACACUUCAAAACGUGCGAGAUGCAAUGGGUUUGGCUGAUGUUCCCUACUAUCUGUGGUCAGAUUCUGCGAUUGUAUUGUGUUGGUUAAAGAAGAAUCCAACAACACUGAAACCUUUCAUAUGCAAUCGAGUUCGUCGAAUACAGGAGCUGACAUCCCCCGCCCGCUGGCAUCACAUCCGUUCCGCUCAAAACCCAGCUGAUUGUGCCAGCAGAGGCAUCACACCUGAAGAGCUAUUAGUACACCCACUUUGGUGGCAUGGCCCGGACGAGACACACAUGAUCUAUUCUACUAACAAUGAUACUUUGCUCAGCAAGGACGAGUCUGAAGUUAUAGUCGCUGAAACUCGUAACACUAAUAAGAUGAUUGUACUCGUUUCACAUCCAUUGUAUACACAUCGUCCAAACGGACAGGCUAUUUUGUUAACUGAACGUUUUUGUACAAUUACCCGCCUCUUGGGCACAAUUGCCAUUAUUCUUCGUUGGUUACAGCGCCGACGACAUCUUCGUCAACCGGUCAUCGUUGCGCAGGAACUAGAUGACGCACUAUACACCAUAAUCCGUUUAGAGCAAGAGGAACAUUUUGCAGAUGAAAUCCGACAUUUGAAGUCUCGUUCAGGUUUGGUAUCCUCCUCUCGAAUAUUGCCUCUAAAUCCAUUUCUUGACGAGAACCAGAUCCUACGAGUCGGAGGACGAAUUCAUAAAGCCGAAUUAGCACAUAAUUCACGAUUCCCGAUUAUCUUGCCAAAGGCAACGCCUUUGGUGAAGCUCUUAUUACAACAAGCUCAUGAAGUCACGCUACAUGGAGGAACACAACUCAUGCUGCAUACUCUUCGUCGACGAUUUUGGAUCCUCAGUGCCAGACAGGCGGUCAAGAGUUUCAUCCAUAACUGCGUGAUCUGCCGGCGUCACAGAGGGGAAGUGCUAACGCAACAAAUGGCUUCCUUACCCGGGCAGAGGGUCAGAGCAGCACGGCCGUUCAUUUCAUCUGGUGUGGAUUAUUGUGGACCUUUCACACUACGUGUAAGAACGAAACGUUCGCGAACGCUCAUCAAGACAUACCUCGCCAUAUUCGUAUGUAUGGUCACCAAAGCUGUACACAUUGAAGUUGUAGAUGACCUGUCGGCACAGGCAUUCCUAGACGCAUUCACUCGUUUCAUCAGCCGACGCGGUCCUUGUCGUGAUUUAUAUAGUGACAACGGGACAGCCUUUGUUGGAGCUAACCGACUCUUGAAGGAAGAUCUUGCAGCAUGGCAGAGUGAGAAUAAUCAGCGGUUCUUAGCUGACACAGGCACACAUUGGCAUUUCAUCACCCCCAGUGCUCCACAUCAAGGAGGUAUCUGGGAGGCUGCGGUGAAGUCCGCUAAGCAUCACUUGAUACGCUGCGUGGGUACACAAGUCAUGUGGUAUAGUCAACUGCAAACAUUGGCCGUUAGAAUCGAAGCUUGUCUCAAUUCUCGUCCGAUUACACCACUGUACGACGAUCCUGAGGACAAACUUGCCUUAACGCCAGGCGAUUUCCUGAUUGGGUCGCCGCUCCUGGCGGUCCCUGAACCAGAUAUUCAACAAGUUCCUUCCAACCGAUUGAAACAGUGGCAAUGGAUAAGUCAACUUCAUCAAAGAUUUUGGGAUAGGUGGAGUGAGGAGUAUCUCACCAUCUUGCAGAGACGGAACAAGUGGCAGCGACGCACACCGAACAUAAGGGUGAAGGAUAUCGUUCUAGUUAAACAAGAGAACAUGCCUCCUUCGCAUUGGUGUCUUGGUCGAGUCAUAUCAGUACAUCCUGGAGCUGAUGGAGCUGUCCGCAAUGUCACGUUGAGAACCUCUAAAGGAUACAUGAACCGAGCUGUCCAGAAAUUGUGUCUCUUGCUAGAGAACGAGGAUUUCGAGUCGGUAGACUCGACCGGGCAGAAUGUUUAA